ACGUGUGUCCAAUUGAAUGCCCGAUAAAGAAUUGCCAACGACGCUGUGAUGAUAAAAAUCAUUUCCAUGCUCUUGAAAAAAACGUGAAUCAUUUCUGCGGAAAUGAGCACGAUUGUCAGGAAAAGUGCGAAGAAAAUGGCAUAUGUAAAAUUGUGACAGAACCAACUGCAAUUGUUCAGGAAGAAGCAGAAUAUACAAACAAGUUUGGAAGUUUUAUGUUUACAAAAUAUUUGCAAACUUAUCAAAGGUUACCUUGCUGUGUAAAAAUCCCACCAUACAUGUUUGAGCAUGUAGGGCAAAAACAUGUCCAUGAAAUAAAGAAGUCGCACGUAUGCAAUUCAGAAUGUCCAAACGAUGUUACACAUAUCGCUGAACAAGAAAACAAGCAAAACUUUCAUUUUUGUGAUGUGAAAUGUCCAAAUUGUGCUUAUUAU